AUGUCAAGCAAAACGAGUCACAAUUUAAUUAAAAAUGAUACAGUCGGCAGGUGUGAGUGGACGAAAAACGAACAACAAACUUUGGACGAGGAGCUCUUCAAGAUGCAACAGACAGGACAACAGUUUGAUGGGAUAACAUCGAUUCUGAAAAUAUCAGGUAGGUUUCCGACAAAAUCGAUUCAGCAAAUUACAUCGCGGAUUAAGUGGUGUCAGUUUCCCCCAAAUUCCCGCCCCGUUUGGGAUGAAUACUGUCAAAAUGAGGCCUUCUACCUCCAACGAGCAGAACAACAAACCCAACAACCGUGUUAUAGUCCGAGGACUAAAGACGUAUGUCUACCAUCAACUACUCGCAGUGAGGCUUCUGGCUACAGGAGGAGACGCUACUCUGUGCAAGAGGAGGGAGGAACCGAGUCACAGUUCCGACCAAACGAAUUCCAACAAACAACGUAUUCCCAACCACUACAAAACGUUAAAAGUUCAAUCAUGAUCGGAACGAACAACUCUAGAUCGCCAAGGGUGUACCGCCCACACAGUCCAGUCACAUUUUCGGUUAUGCAAAAUACAAUGGCUAACCAACAGUCAAAUUUACACAAGUUGGUCGAGGACAACGAAAUUAUAUUGACAGAGUUGGAAAGACAGGCAAACUCCCCAACAGCCACGGUGGACACUGCCGCGAUCUUGCGGUUUAUCGAAAACGCAAAUGCGAUGAUUGUUCAGUCGAAGAUUUUUGUUCAAAACACACUUCCAUUUUUUGCAAAAAAGUUGGAGAUACCGUCUGAACUGACAAGUAACAUCUUCCCAUUUAUUCAAUCCGACUCGGGAUUGCAGUUUAUAGCCGAAAGUAAAGCAAGUGGGGCAUCGGGGAGAGGAUUAAAAGCAAUGAGUUUGCCGGGUAGAGGUCCGUCCGCCAUGUCGACAUCGAAUGGGUCGUUCCAGGGAAUAUGA